AGUGGCUUCCGAGGACCAUAGGGCAGGACUGGGCAGGACCAUGGGAAGAGGACUACUCAAUGAACACUGAGGAGCUAAUGGAUUUUGGGGAAAAGAAACAUAAAACGUCAACUUUGGAUUUGUUUAGCUGUAGCACUUCACUAAGUUACCCGUGUAGUUUCAGCGGCUGCGUCCCGUCCUCUGGACCUGGAGUAAUUUCCUGUUUAGUUCCCUGGAAAGUUGCUGGCGUCGUGUAGUGUUAAUAAAUCAAAGUGCAGGGAAAGAAAAUGUGUCUUUAAAAUGCUACCUACGAGUACACCAUCUUUUUUACAAAUACUUAAGAUUUCAGACGCGUUUGGUGAAAGAAACGAGAGGGAUCUGGAGCCACGCUAUUCCCAACAAAGAAGCUCUCUCAACAACUGGACAACUUGAUUCAGACGUGAACUGCGCUCGGCUUUCUGUGGAUUACUAAAAACAACUGCAGCAGUGCCCAAAGAUAGAAAAACGAUUCUCAGUAGAUGCUUUUGGCGAACAAAGACUAGCAUGAGUGUGGUCAAAGCUGGGCAAGAAUGGACGACGAAGACACUGGGAAUGAUCUUGUUUGUUUUUGUGUUGGAGCCUACCUUUUUGGACACGUUUAUCUAACAAAGCCACGGUGCCAAAGCUAACCACUAGCUCCGUUUAGUGUUAAUGUCUCUAAAUGCUGUCCAUUGUUUGUUAUCACGUGCGAAAAUGAGUGCGGUUGUGUGGCAGUUGUUUGCGGGUUUGCUGCUGGUUGGCGCCGGUGACUCGGCUCUAUCAUCUGAUUGUAAAUCAUAUGAUGAACGCUCCAAGAGCAGUGGGAAAGUGGUGUGCAGCAACAUGGAGCUGCAGCAGGUCUUACCGCCGGACUCCUUCCCCAACAGGACGGUCACACUAAUUAUGAACAACAACAAGAUUCAAGAACUCAGAAAUGGCUCUUUCUAUGGAUUGUCCUCAUUGGAAAAACUGGACCUGCGGAGUAACAUGAUCAGUCACAUUGAACCAGGAGCUUUCCUUGGAUUGGCAUCACUCAAAAGACUAGACCUGUCCAACAACAGCAUUGGAUGUCUAAAUGUCGACAUUUUUAAAGGGCUCACCAACCUAGUAAAACUGAAUCUUUCAGGGAACAUGUUUUCAUCGCUGGCUCAGGGGACCUUUGACAGCCUGUUGUCUCUGAAGUCUCUAGAGUUUCAGACGCCGUACCUGCUGUGCGACUGCAACCUUCUGUGGCUGCUGCGCUGGAUCAAGGAACGAAACAUUGUCGUCAAAAAUACAAAGUGCUCCUAUCCCCAGUCGCUCCAGGGCCAGAUUAUUACCUCCAUCAGACCGGAGCUUCUGACCUGUGAUGCGCCUCUCGAGCUGCCCUCCUUCCAGCUGACCCCGUCCCAGCGGCAGGUGGUUUUCCAGGGGGACAGUCUGCCGUUCCAGUGCCAGGCCUCGUUUGUGGCCGAGGACAUGCAGGUGCUGUGGUACCAGAACGGGCGCAUGGUCAAACCGGACGCCGCCCAGGGCAUCUUUAUCGAGAAACGCAUGGUCCAGAACUGCUCCCUCAUUGCAAGUGCCUUGACCAUUUCAAACAUCCAGCUUGGUUUCACUGGGAACUGGGAGUGUCGAGUUUGGACAAGCAGAGGCAACACCACCAGGACUGUGCAUAUAGUGGUUUUAGAAAGUACAGCUAAAUACUGCGCUCCUGAACGCGUCUCCAACAACAAGGGGGACUUUAGGUGGCCUCGGACUCUAGCUGGGAUCCGAGCGUAUCUCCCAUGUAGCAGACUGUCCUCAGCUUCUUACAGCAGCUCAGAGGACCAGCGAGCCUGGCGUUACUGCAACAGAGAAGGACAGUGGACAGAGGAGGACUACUCCCGAUGUCAGUUUCAGAAAGAUGUCACAAGAUUUCUAUAUGUCAUCAACCAGAUUCCUCUCAAUGAAAGCACUGUGGUCCCAAGUGCUCGUCGCCUCCUGGUCUGCACAGUGGAUGCCGCCAACUUUUCAGACAAGAUGGACAUCAUCUUUGUAGCUGAGAUGAUAGAAAAGAUUGGAAAGUUUGUAGAGAAAUUCAAAGAUCUGGGAGAGGUGAUGUUGAAUAUGGCCAGUAACCUGAUGCUGGCUGAUGAGAAGGUGCUGUGGAUGGCUCAGCGUGAUGCCCAGGCCUGCUCCCGUAUCAUCACCUGCAUCCAGAAGAUUGCAGUAUACCGCCUGGCUACAGCUCAAGCUUUCUCUCUCACCUCUCCAAAUAUAGCUAUGGAGGCUCACGCAGUCAGGCUGAAUGAGUGGAAUGGUAUGACCUGCAUGUUGUUCCAAAAGCCAAGCCCAGAACGCACCCCCGGCCAGGACCGCCACCUCACCUUCAAAUGCAACACCACCAGCUCAUUCUCCAGCAUCCUCUACAAGAACACCGUUAUAGAAGCUUCACUACAGCUUCCCCAGUCCCUUCUUGCUCAGGCCGCUCCCCCAGUGCAGCCGGAGGACACAGUAUAUAAGCUGUAUCUUCUGGGUUUCCGAAACGGCAAAUUCUUCCCAUCCACUGGAAACUCAUCCCAACUCGCUGACAGCGGGAAGAGGAGGACUGUGACCACUCCUGUCAUCAUGGCCAUGAUUGAUGGCGUGUCACUUCGUAAUUUGCGUACUCCUGUGAACAUCACCCUGAGGCGUCUUGCCCGUGGAUCAGAUCCGGUCUCUGCACAAUGGAACUACAGUCUGGGAGGAGGCCAGGGCGGCUGGCAGAGCGAAGGCUGCAGAAUACUGGGUCACCACGACAACUUUACCACCAUAUCCUGCAACUCACUUGGCAACUACGGCCUUCUAAUGGACCUUAACAAGAUGGAUUAUUCCACUCCAAGCAUCCAGCUGCACCCAGUCAGCUAUGCCACAUCGGUCAUUCUCCUGCUAUGCCUGCUUACCAUUAUAAUCAGCUACAUCUACCAUCACAAGUCAGUUCGCGUGAGCAAAAAGACUUGGCACAUGCUGGUGAACCUCUGCCUGCACAUUGCUCUCACCUGCGGCGUCUUUAUAGGAGGCAUCAACCAGACGGCCAACGCAAGUGUCUGUCAAGCGGUUGGGAUCUUGCUUCACUAUUCAACCCUGGCGACAGCUCUCUGGGUGGGAGUGACUGCACGUAACAUCUACAAACAGGUGACUCGCAAAGCAAAGCGCUACGAAGAGCUGGACGAGCCCCCACCUCCUCCAAGACCAAUGCUGAGGUUUUACCUCAUUGGGGGAGGGAUUCCAAUCAUCGUCUGUGGAAUCACUGCGGCAGCCAACAUCAAGAACUAUGGGAGCAGGACAAAUGCACCUUAUUGCUGGAUGGCCUGGGAGCCGAGCAUUGGUGCUUUCUACGGUCCGGUUGGGUUCAUUGUCUUUGUGGACUGCAUGUACUUCCUGAGCAUCCUGCUGCAGCUGCGCCGUCACCCCGAGCGACGUUACGAGUUCAAGGAGCUGACGGAGGAGCAGCAGCACCUGGAGGCCAUCCACGCCGACUCCAACCCGGACGGAAGCCCCACCACGCAGCCCCUCACGCUCCAGCUCCAGCCCCACGACGGCUCACCCUCCGCUGGGCACCCUCCUCACUCUGUGCCCAUGUCUUCCCUGGAGAACGAGUACACCUUUGCGGUACAGUUAUUGGGCACGGCUGGAGCGCUGGGGUUAUACAGCGCUCUUUGGGUUUUCGGAGCACUUGCUAUCUCCCAGGAUCACCCUUUUGACUUGGCCUUCACAUGUUUGUAUGGGGUGGCUGCGUUGGCGUUAGGGGCCUUUAUGAUCGCCCACCACUGUGUCAACCGGCAGGACAUGAGGCGCUACUGGUCUCAGGCUUGUUGUUCCGGGAGACGGGCUUAUUCUGCGCAAGAGGACGCUCUUUUAUCCACGCCAGGUGAAACUGCAUCUGCAACAGGGGGAGCUGUGAGCAAAGCUGAUGGGGAGUCUGUAAAAUGUGGGCAUAGCAGCGCUGACUCAUCCCAUACAAACAAAACUGCUCCCAGUAUGCGCAACUCUGGACAGGGGAGCAAGCUAACUAAUCUACAUGCAGAAGCAGUGCAGUGUAAGAUAGCAUCCCCUCCAGUAGCUGCAAAUGGAGCAGCCAUUUUGGACAACAGCCUCACUGAGCACUCCAUAGACAAUGAGAUUAAAAUUAACAUGCAUGUAUCGCCAGUUGAAGUGCAAUUUCAGCCAAUGAACAACAUCAACAGUCCGACCCCGCCCACAAACGGACACUCGAGCAGGCAUCACAAAAACCGUGCACGUGCACAUAGGGCGAGUCGGCUAACAGUGCUGAGGGAGUAUGCCUACGACGUGCCCACCAGCGUCGAGGGCAGCGUACAGAGCGUCCCAAACAAGAGACACUAUUAUGACAUGGCUGCCCGUAACCACCGGCGAGCGGCGUACAUGGCGUACAGGGAGCGCCACAUGCAGCAGGACAGUAGCGACAGUGCCAGCCUCCCUCGCCGCUCACGCUACUCCGAUAAGGGAGGGGGGAAUUCUCUGUCCAACGGCUCCAUAAAAACUGUGGAGGCUGUUGUGUCUAGCUCCAGUAAGGACUCGACUACUGGGAAGCAGAGCAAUAGCACAGAACUCGAGAGCCAACCCAAGUCGUACGGGCUGAAUCUGGUCACUCAGAAUGGUACCCUCAAAGACAGCGGCCAAGCAGUGCCUUUGAUAAACACUGAGAAUACAGCCAGCAUUAAGACAGGCCUAUGGAAACACGAAACUACUGUGUAGCAACUGUUUUCCCUCCGAUGGACUUUUAGAACUGAUUUAUCACUGUGAAUUUUCAGUUUUUAAAAAUAUACAAUCAAAAUAAUUACUAAGCAGCUAGCCAAAUUAUUGCCACUGUUUUGUAUAUAUGUUUUGUAUUGUAAAUGGUUUAUUUUUAUAACUUUUAUUCCAACCAUUUUGUACAAAGCGAGUUGAACACAGUUGCAUGGUUUGAACUUGAAAUGGUUUAUAUUGUUAAGGGACUGUUUUCCAUUCUCUAGUUUGUCCCAAUAUAAAACACAUGUUUGUAAA